AUGACCGAACACACCAUCAGCGUCGUCGACCCAAGUCCCGCAUCCCUCGAGAAAGCCAACCCAAGCAUAGCUCCGAGCACCGAGACAACACCAACCACUCCCCUCAAAGAAUUCCACCUAUUCCCAAAAUUGAUACCCGAACUCCGCCUCAGAGUAUGGCACUUCAUCUGCCACGAACCCGGAACCGUUUACAUGGACUACAUAUUCCAACCCGACGUCCCGGCGAGCCUCUGCAAGUAUCCCAUAUGUCGCAACAAAACGUCCGUCCCCCCACCAGUCUUCCAUAUAAACAAAGAAAGCCGUACUGAAGCUCUACGAAUUUUCCGCGUCUUUAUCCCCCAACAAAAGCUUCAACAACACGCCAACAUCGCACAACAAACCGUAUACUUCAAUCCCCACGUCGACACAAUCGUAGUACGGGAAACCUAUGUCAGUUUUUUUACACGUCUUGUUUUAAACAGCUUGAGUAAGAAUGUACUGGUAAUGAUUCGGUUCUUGGAGUUCAAGUCGGUAUCUGUGAACGACGAGUGGUGGUUGAGUCGGGAGUUGCUUUAUAGUGGGAUUCGUGAAAAGGAAUUCACUCCACAUGAUAGUUUAGUAUCGUGCUUCGUGAGCCUCACUAACAUUGAGACGCUCGCGAUUGUGGUUCUUUCUAUGGUGGGCAGGUGA